AUGUUCAAAUGUUCAAGAAAGUCCCACCUGGCCAUCGUGCAGCGAGUGAACAACGAGGGUGAGGGAGACCCCUUCUACGAGGUGAUGGGCAUCGUCACCCUGGAGGACGUCAUCGAGGAAAUCAUCAAAUCAGAGAUCCUGGACGAGACCGACCUCUACACUGAUAAUCGUACAAAGCGUCGUGUUUCUCACCACGAGCGGAAGCAGCAGGACUUCUCCAUCUUCAAACUGUCAGAGAACGAGAUGAAAGUGAACAUUUCUCCUCAGCUUCUCCUGGCGACGCAUCGUUUCCUCUCAACAGAGGUGGAGCCCUUCAAACCGUCUCACAUCUCCGAGAAGAUCCUGUUGAGGCUGAUCAAACAUCCCAGCGUGGUUCAGGAGAUGAAGUUUGACGAGAAGAACAAGCGAGCGCAGCAGCACUUCCUGUUCCAGCGCAACAAACCGGUGGACUACUUCAUCCUGGUGCUGCAGGGUCGAGUGGAGGUGGAGUUUGGUAAGGAGGCGCUCAAGUUUGAGAACGGAGCCUUCUCUUACUUUGGGGUUCCCGCCAUCAUGCCGACAGUGCACAGAUCCCCCUCUCGCAGCAGUGGUCUGGACCGCUCUGAGUCCAUGCUGUACGGGGGGAGCAUGGGGCAGCUGAACGGAGGGGGGAACGUCUACCUGCCAGACUACUCCGUCAGACAGCUCACACACCUCCAGAUCCUCAAGAUCACCCGGAGUCACUACCAGAACGCUGUAACAGCCACCAGGAUGGACAGCUCUCCUCAGACCCCGGACGCUGACGCUCGUCCCACAGAAGGCAACACCCCGACGCCAGAGCCUCCGACAACGGAGCGCGCCGCCACUCUGAUGCCCCCGGGGCACCCGACCACCGCCACCCUCAUGCCCCCGCCCAGGGAGCCCGGCCGGCCCAGCUCUGCAAGAACCCACGGACCACAGUCCAGUGUCCUGCACAGCACGUCGCUGCUGAACGAGAAGAACCGCAUCGUCAGAAGUAAAUCUGACGGCCAGAAGAGUCCGAGUGACUCAGUGUUUCUCAGGAUGGACGAGAUCCCGUACAUCAGAGAGGACAGAGCGGAGACCGACACUCACACGGACAUGGCCCCCGUUCCCAUAGAAACGGACACGUCUCCUUUCAUCAGCAGCAGCCUGUCGCUGAGCGGCUCAGAGGAAACACUGGGCAAGAAACUCCUGCUCAAACUCAGCCACAAGAAGAGGAAAAAAUCUCGCGAAGGAGAGAAAACACCAGAGGACAUUUCAGAGCAGCCGCUGGUAAAAACCUAGCAGAGCGAGCAGGAGACAGACGUGAACUCUCCAUCAUGUGAUGGUUCUUUAAGUUGUUUGUAAAGACGGUGAAAACUAUCAGAGUUUUAUCUGAGAACACCCCCCCUCCAUCACCUGGACGAUAGUAAACAGGUGCAGCUUCUGCAAUAUGCAUUCAACUGUAGCCUCUCAUCCUGCAGGCUGCUGAUGCUCGUAUGUAAAGAACUGACGAUUUGUAGAAACAAGUUGAAUUUUUAUACAUUAUAUAACCUCCUCACAUUUGACUUCUCCAGUGGAGCUAAAGGAAAUGAACAGGAAACAGAUGGACGACACCAAAGACGUUGUGGUUUUGUACAUUCUGCUCCAAAAUCAGGGGAAAUCUGGAGAAACCUCAACAAGUAAAAUACCUGCUUUGUGCUGGUGCUAGAUUCAAAUCCAACUGUAUCAUCAGUCAUUUUUUCCCUACUUUUUAUUUAUUUACAAGUAAAUCCAGACUCUAGCUGUGUCUAAAUUUCAGGUGCCGCAUCCUUCAGAGGCUGAAUUUAAAGGCUGUCCAACUGCAAAGACUUCUUUAAAUUUAUUUCUGCAUUAUAUGAACCUUGAAACUUGAAACAGAAUUCACUGCACUUUGGUGAUAACCUAUUUUUUAAAAGAGCGAUUCUGGCGCCGGCAAACAACGAGACGCCUGAUGUCUCAUCUCAAUAGAUCAGCGAAUCGUACACACAUUAAAAAACCAGGGGGCAUUUAAACGUUCUCGCUGUGCAGCUCUGUUGCUAGGUGAUAGCAAUAAGGGCGGGACAAACUAGUUCCAGUAGACGCAGACCGUGUCCUUUGGGGGACGCGACCCUGGAUUUGGACGCAGCUUCUGAGUCUGUUAGUGUCCAGAUGUCAAAGACGUUUAAACAGUUUAUCAGGAUCAUCAACUAUUGACUGAUUGUUUGAUUUUUUAAUUAUUAUGACAUACACCAGCUGACCCUCCUCCUCGUCUCACCUCUUGUAUUUUGUCAUUGUUUUUUAAGCUGUGUGAUUUCAAGUGCAUUUUAUACUUUGUGAGUCUGUAUUUGUUUGUUUUUUAAAACCAUAAGACAAUAUCAGACUGUGGCUCAGAUUUGAAGAAACGACUGGAGCUCUGACUUUCUGGUUUUCAUCUCAUCAAACUGUUUCAGAUCCCUGAAGCUUUUUCAAAUAAUCAUCAACAGAGCUGAGCCACUUGUUUUAUUAUUCGAUCCAUUCAGUUCAAUUUGUGUGUUGUUCUCUCUGUAUUUUCUUUACUGGAGCAAACAGAGUCUCUGCAGGGACUGUUCAGGCUCAGAUGUCUUAAAGGAGAAAGACAUUAUUGGGUUUAUUCAACAUAUUCGCAUGUAUCUCAAAUGUGUAUUGAUUUUUCAGCGUUAAAAUAUUAUCCAACCCAACAGAAUGAGUCUCCAUGUGUGGCUGCAGAGGGCGCUGUUGUUCAGUAACAGUUACAUAGUGAUGCUUUAAAGAUCGGACACCCGAUUGGCUCCAGGACCACCGUGGGAAAUGAACUGGCCAGAAAAUGGUGGCGUCUAAAGGGACUGAGAAAUAUUUGAGAGCAGAAGAGAAAAAUAAGAAGAAGAAGAAGAAGAAGAAGAAGAAGAAGAAGGGGUCAUCAGCGAAGCUCAAAGCAGAAGAAGAAGUGAGCGUAACGAAGAUGUUUUUAUUGAACUUUGACAAAAAACAGUCUGCGAUGAAGAAUGUGUCCAAAACCCCGAAUCAUCCUCUGUACAAGGUGUUUUCUUUGCUGCCCCCUGGUGGCGUGGCAUCUGAGUGCACACUAAGCCUUAACUGUAGCGUCACACAAGGCCAACAAAACCUCCGCAGAAGUUGCUGUGUUUAAAUUUUCACCAAACUUCACUAUUCUUUUGUUUGUGACCUACUUUUAGUGAAUAAGAGCAAUACAGAAAACAGCUGAUGUGACAAAAACCACAAAUUCAACAUGAGUAUUGUCAGAAUCCAAAAGAAAUGAAACAUACUCACCUGGCAGACAGAUCCUGCACGGAGCUCCACAGACUGAGUGUUAUUUAAUCCAAACAUUACGUUGUAAUAAUUUGUAGAUUAUAUUGAGAUGAAAUAAGUUACACUGGAUGUAUAUUUUCAAGAAUAAUAGGAAAACAUGACUUUUAUAUAUUGUGAAUGGCUGCUCAUCAUAUUAUUUAUAUUAUUCCUAUUUGGAAAUUAAAAGUUAUGGAGCCUUAACACUGAAAACGUUGUGCUGCGUUACUUGUUGGAUUUCUUUUGUAACUCUUUCUCUCAGAACCGUGCUUCUGCUGACACUGUGCACUUGUACUCACAUGCACCUGGCGUUCUAUUGGUCGGGGGAAUUCUGACUUGUUUCACCAAUCCAAUGCAUGAAUGGACAGUUUGAGCACAAGCAGGGGUUAUCUGAGUGUGAGCGCAGGGCUUAGAGUGAAAGCAUUUACAAAAUCUAAAUGUGAAUUCAUGAAGUUCUGCCCAGAAAAAAAAGAACACCAUUCGCUCACUGCAUGUCGACUGCAGCCUGAAAGAGCUGAAAUGAUUUUUUGUUUUCUGGAGCUUUUACACGUCCGUUAACGCAGGUUCACGUUUGAGCUUGUGAAUUUGAGAGAAGUGUAUU